AUGACUGAUUUGGGUGUCAUGUCCUACUUUCUUGGAAUGGAAAUUGAUCAAGAUGUGCAUGGCAUCUUUGUGAAUCAAAGAAAGUAUGCAAAUGAAGUUCUGAAAAAAUUCUGCAUGGAGAAUUGCAAACCAGUGAAUCUGCCAUUGAUUCCAAAUUUGAAACUGUCAAAGGAUGAUGAUGGUGAGAAGGUUGAUGAAGAAUUAUACAGAAGUUUGAUAGGGUGUCUGCUAUACUUGACAACAACUAGACCAGUUUCAAUAGGAGACGAGGGCCAAUGUUCAAAGUUUGGAGAAUCAGAUAAGGCAGAUGGCAACCGCAAUCAGUAA